AUGUUGCGACAGCUGUUCGAGCGGUUUGGGUCGGCUUCCUCAGAUGCCAAAAUUCAGCCACCAGUCGUCGGAGUCGUUCCCCCUGUGCUUCAUCAAAUCAGAGCCGAUCAGCUUAACGCUCUGCAUCGAGGGGAAGACGAAGAGUUCGAUCGGGACAAUUUCCUCCAGCCACAGCGUCAGAAACGCAGCAGGCGUCGGUGUCUCAGACGGAUUUUCAAAGUUAAAAACAUUUACGAAUGGAUACGCUUAUCUCAUCGGCGGAGCAGUGCUCACCAUGCCCAGCAAACAGAUGCUUCCAAAGUCGUGAGUUCAAAGAAUAAUGAGCAUGUCAAGGAAGAUUCAGAGGCAAGCGACGUUGCGGAGGCUCAACAAGAUGGAGGACUCGAGGCGAAUAUCGCGCUUCCCGAGGACGUAGUGCAUGAUGGUCAUGAUCAAGACGAAGAAUUCGACGAAAAUGCUCCGGGACGAUCCGUACAGUCGGGAGGCAAGGAACCGUUACUGUUUCCCCUAACAGCUGCGAGGAGUAAAGUUCAACCCACUUCUUCGGCCAAAACCCGGCGUGCUUUCCAAGAAACUGUGAAGCGUAAUGAAGACGUGCGGACAAAGAGACUGAUGAGGGAGCUCCGUGAUAUACAACGAAUUAUUGCGUCACAACAAUCUCCGGAAUUUACCGUGGAAUUGAGGAAUAGCAACCUUUUCGAAUGGAUCGUGAGACUUCAUCAGGUUGACUCCGAGAGCUUGCUCCACAAAGAUAUGAUAGAACUCGGCAUACCAUCAAUUCAGCUCAGUUUUGAAUUUCCGGACAACUUCCCUUUCCUUCCGCCCUUUGUGAGAAUCAUUUCGCCGCACAUCGAAAGAGGCUUCGUCAUGGAAGGUGGCGCCAUAUGCCUCGAGUUGUUGACAGCUGCUGGGUGGGCGUCAGCUUACACCGUCGAAGCCAUCAUAGUCCAGGUCGCAGCCGCGCUCUCGAAGGGGCAAGCUCGCAUAAAUCUAUUCCCGAAACCAUCGAAACAGUUUUCGAAGAAACUCGCUGAAUCAUCAUUCAAGUCCCUGGUAAAAACACAUAAUAAGUAUGGUUGGGUGACCCCCCCAAAGUCCGACGGCUAGCUUGGUGCAGCAGACACAGCGCUUGAAUCGGCGCUACGAGAGCAAGCGCCAGUGCGGGAAUCAGCUCCAAGAGCCCGAGCGGAAGUCGAGUGACUGGAAUCGCUUGGAUAGCCCACGCAGCGAUCAUGUUGUGGGGAUGAAGGCGAAGAGAAAGCAAUGUGAUGUUUGCAGAAUCUUGAGAGUGGAGCACUCAACAUUUUUGCAACCUGUUCCUCUUUUUUUCUCAAAGAUGUCCCGAUUGCACCCAUCAUCACUCGGGGACACAGAGGUCGUCCUUUUUGCAUGAAUGAGGUCGCGAAGAUGUACCUUGUAUUCGCC